UCCGGUGCCACUGAUUCAAAAAAUUAGUUGGUUGUAACCAUAUUCGAUGAAAUUAAAAUGUAAAUCGAGCGUAUAACAGCGAUUUGAGUUUUGAUUGGACGAAAGAAGUGGCAUUUUUAAAACCAACACAUUUUCCUUCACGUUUUUUGGAGUUUUUCGGUAUUAAUAGUGGUUUCAAAAAAUACAAAUAUACUAUUGAUGUGUGUGUUCGUACAUACAUAAAGAUGAGCUAUUCAGAGUUAAAGGGUCUCUACCACCUUCGGGAAACCAUCGGCUCAGGUGGUUUUGCCAAGGUGAAGCUUGCAUAUCAUUCCCUCACUGGUGAAAAAGUGGCCAUUAAAAUCAUGGACAAGAGAUCCCUUGGUGAGGAUCUGCCACGUGUGAAGACCGAGAUUGCGGCCAUGAAGGAACUUUGUCACCAACACAUCUGUAAACUCUACCAGGUGAUUGAGACAACAGACCGGUUCUACAUGAUUCUUGAGUAUUGUCCUGAGGGUGAGCUGUUUGACUAUAUAGUGGCAAAGGAUCGGCUAGGUGAGGAUGAGGCAAGGAUCUUCUUCAGACAGAUUGUGGCGGCUGUUGGUUACAUCCACAACCAAGGAUACGCCCAUCGUGACCUCAAACCGGAAAACCUUCUGCUAGAUGAAGACCAGAAUCUCAAACUGAUUGACUUUGGUCUCUGUGCUAACCCUCAGGGUGGUAUGGAGAAGCACCUGUUUACAUGUUGUGGAAGCCCGGCCUAUGCUGCUCCAGAACUCAUCUCUGGCAAAGAGUACCUCGGGGCAGAGGCAGACAUCUGGAGUAUGGGUAUCCUGCUGUACGCUCUGUUGUGUGGAUAUUUGCCUUUUGACGAUGAAAAUAUCCCACAGUUAUACAAGAAAAUACAGAGUGGCAAGUAUGACACUCCGUCCUGGCUAAGCCUGGAGUCCAAGGAGCUGAUAGCCAGCAUGCUGCAGGUGGACCCCAAACGUCGCAUCACAGUCGGCCAUCUCAUGUCUCAUCCGUGGCUCCUCAGUGGCUAUGACAUCAGUGUUGAGUGGCAUAGCAAAUACAGCUGGAAGGUAGACGAGGACUGUAUCACAGAGCUGGCGGUGCACUAUGGGAAAUCACGUAGUGAGAUGGAGGCUGAGGUGACGCUGUGGAAUUUUGAUUACCUUACAGCCACUUACUUUCUGCUGCUAGAAAAGAAACAGAAGGGUCGGCCUGUACGCCUCAUACAGCAGACCGUGAAACAGACACAGGACACACCAAGACCACGCAGCAUGAGUGCAGACAAUGCCUGUCGGACGCCAACAGAAAAAUCUUCUGCCCAAACCCAUCAUACGCAGGAGAAAUCUGGCAGCAGGGCAGAUAGACAGAAAAGUCGUGCUCGAGAAAGAUUGCCAUUCUCUGAUAACAAGGAUAGCAACAAAGAGAAUAAGGAGAAUUUCCUGGUGCCUGAGACUCCUGGGAUACGGAAUAAAACACCACGCACAAGGAAUGAGGUCAUGAAGGUGGCUAAUAAUAAGAAUCUACUAGAGCAGAACAAUUUUGACAAGAGAAAACCAAGAUCUCCCUUAAUGGCAAAACAGUUGCCAGUAGCAUUGGAUGAUACGUUGUGUACCCCGGGGAAGAACCACAAUGGUUCCUUGAUGAACAGCACGCUGUCGCCGUCACGCUCCUACGACUCACAAAUCAACAAUUUGGCAAAAGAGACCCCACUCAGUGCUUCCAAAAACCCGGUGGCUGGGCGUUCUACCCACAGGGCGGCGUCUGUUGACGAGGAGCUAUACAGAGCCCACAUGGACCUCACACCUAGCAAGGCAAAGAAAGGCUCUGUGUUCGGCAGCCUUGAAAAAAUGUUUAACAUGCUUACGCCCAAGAAGCAGAGGUCCUCCUCAUCUGAUGGGCCCAGGAAAGUUAAGGCACUUCAUAAUGUGUUCCGAACAAACGAGACAAAUCCUGACACGGUACUGGCGAGCCUGAAAUCUACAGUGGAGAAGAAAUUUAUCCCCUUCAAGCAGAGCGAUUACACCCUGAGGUGUACGGUGGCAGAUGACUGGGGGCGUGUCAAACUGGCGUUUGACCUUGAGGUGUGUGCCAUGCCGAAGACUGCUCAGGUUGGCGUGGCUAGGAAACGUGUGAAAGGAGACUUGUGGCACUACAAGAAACUAUGUGAAGAUAUUCUCAACACUGCCAAGUUAUUAUGUUGAAGCUAGAAUCCACCACCUGGAUACAGGGUUAGGAGUCUCCAGUGAAAUAUACCCACAACUUGCUACUUUCAUGUCACUGUAACCAGCUGUAGUGUGCUCUUGGGUGUCAUGUUUUUGCCUUGAUGGUUCCGGCUGUGAUAGGUCUUAACAUAAGGAAUCAAUGACACAAGAGCCGUUCUGCCUGACUGUGGCGUCCUCAACAUAAACUUGAUUACCAGAACUUUCAAAGCCAUUAACAUUUUGCUGUUUCAUGCAGAAUUCUACUAGCAAUUUUGUAAAUAGGGAAAAUUUUCAGCAGUAUAAUUCCAUUGCUCAAUAGUUCUUCUAGGUACAACUCAAUCUCAAUACCUAGAAAAAAAUACCUGUGUUUAGGGCAACCACACCCUACCUGGCAAAACCCGUUGACCUGAGGGUGUUUUUUUUUCAACCUUAGAUGAAAAAAAUUCUUAUUUUUACAUGUUGUUGACCAUUUGUGUUGUGACAAUUAUUGUUUAUUUAAAUUCACAAUAUACUUAAAUGUCAUGGCAAGCAUUCGCAACUUUUUGAAUGGAUUGGGGAUAAGUUGUCCCUAGUCCCUACCUACCUUUUUUGAAACCGCUGUUCUAAACUCAUAUAUUUUUUUAAGCCUUACUUGGAUUCUUGGUGAUAUACAACUGAUUGUAGAUGGGAGAGAUUUCCAGAAUAUUGUUGAUCAAUUGAUAAGAAUUCCUUGCCAUAACUUUUUUAUGGCUUGUGAAAUUAUCAAAGAACUUAGAAUGUGCUAUAAUUACAUAGAGGAACAUACUGGUAUUUGUGUACUCUUAUAGUAUAUUAAAACUUUAUGAUAUUUAUUAUGAACUUACAACAUAUCUGUGACCUCACUUAACUUGGCUUUGCUGCUUUUAGAAUUUCAAGAUGUUAUGCUAUAAGUGCUGUAAAUGUGUUUUUAUUUAAAACAAUCCCAUUAUAAUUUUUAAGAUUUAAUUGUAGUUUUUUCCAGCAAGAUAGGAGUUUAAAUUAAAGUUAGUUUAGUACAUGUAUUUCAAUUAACAAUUAUUUUUGCAUGUAUUGUUUUUAAACAUGCACAAUUCUGUUCAGAGCACAAAUUACUAGUAAAUUGUUUACUACCCUAGACUAGAGACUUCAUAGAACAUUGUGCCACAGUAGAUGAAAUCAUUGUAGAAAUUGAUUGUACCGUAGAUGAUCAGCUUUGGUGCGAGUAUUGCAGUCCCAUGUUCCCCUGUCUUGACCCUGUACAAUUGUAAAUACAAAGUUUCCUGUAUUUAUUUGUUUUAAUAUUUUAAUACUAGUUUUAACUAUAACCACACAAUGCUGCUUUAAGGUUGAAGGUGGUAUAUGCCGCUUAUGAGCAUCAUGCAGUUAUACCCUAUUUUGCGCACCAAACAGACUUUUCUGAGUUUGGCUGUGCUGGAGAACCCUAGCUGGCACCCCAAUCACAGAUGAGUCACACACAACAUGCACUAUUUCUUUUCUCUUCUCUUUGUAUACUGUAUGGGAAUUUAAUCCAACUGCAAUACAUUUUGAAUGAAUAUAUUAUCUCACAUCUUUAAAAAGGAUACGUUUUAUAGGCACUGUGAUGUCUUAUUAACAAAAAUAACUGCUCGUCGUGUUGGUGAACAACAUAACCCAUAUACAAGAUAAAAUUAACACAAAUUAAACAUUUAAGGUAUGCAAUAAUGAAAAACAAUCUUGUAUUUCAUGUGUUCAAUAUCCGACUCUUGGACAUGCAACAUAUUUUGUUACUUGUCAAGCCUCAUUGCUAGCUUCCACACAUAGUUUUGUCAGAUUUUCUUAUCUUGACUAGGAACCCAUCAUUUAUAUUACCGUAUACUGUCUAUGAAAUAAAUGUACUAAAAAGAAGUAUAUUUCUAACAACCUAUUUGUAUUGUUUUAAUAGUGUCCAAUUUUACUGCUGUAAUAUGUAAAUUAUUUGAUGACAUUGAUUGUAUGUGUAUGAUAGCAAAUAAAUGAUGCUAUAAA